CGUCUUGAAAUUCGGCAAGUCUUCCUCCUCCUUCUUCACUAAUAUUUUUUACAGAUUUUGCUUAAUAAAGUCAUUUAGAAUAAUUUAAAACACAGUAUUGUCCUAUCCAGACAAUCAAAUUAACAUUGUGACGAUGUCUCACCAAACAGGGAUUCAAGCAAAUGCUGAACUCAAAAAGUUCUUUGGGAAAUGCAGAGAUGGGAAACUUCGGUUUAUGAAAAUUAGCAUUGAAAAUGAACAGCUAACAUUGGCAAAACAACACUCAGCCAAAGGAUCUUGGGAGCAGGAUUUUGACAAAUAUGUGCCAGCAUUGAUCGUUGAAGAUCAGCCAUGCUAUAUUUUGUACAGGCUAGACACAACAAACUCCCUGGGACACGAGUGGCUGCUCCUCAGCUGGUCUCCCGACAGUGCUCCGGUCAGACAGAAGAUGUUGUACGCUUCGACAAAAGCCACCCUCAAACAGGAGUUUGGCUCUGCUCACAUUAAGGAUGAAAUGCAUGCUACGGUGAAGGAGGAGGUAUCCUUACAAGGCUACCGCGCCCACGAGCGAGGGGCCAAGGCACCGGCACCGCUGACGUCACGCGAGGAAGCGCUCCAGGAGUUGCAGCUAAAUGACCACAACACUGGCUUUGGCACAGACUCCAGGCAGUCAACCAUAGGAGGGGUGUCGUUUCCUAUAACGGAAGCGGCGGAACAGGGUAUCUUUGAUCUCACGAAAGGUUCCUACAAUUAUUUACAGUUUAAAAUAGAUUUAGAAGAAGAAAAGAUCCACUUAUCGAAAGCGGCGAAUAUAACUCUAGCGGAGUUGCCUCGGCAAGUGCCAUCAGACCAGGCGCGGUACCACCUCUACAUAUUCAAGCACACGCACGAAGGAGACCACAUGGCUAGCGUAGUGUUCAUUUACUCAAUGCCGGGCUACAACUGUAGUAUAAAGGAGCGGAUGUUGUACUCCAGUUGCAAAGGACAAUUUUUAGAAAUCAUAGAAAAAAUGGGAAUAGAAAUUACAAAACGCCUCGAAAUCGACGACGGCAAAGAGUUGACAGAAGAAUUUCUAUACGACGAGAUACACCCCAAGAGGAAUCUUCACAGACCAGCUUUCGCCAAGCCCAAAGGGCCGCCCAACCGUGGUGCUAAGCGUAUCACGAAACCCUCACAAACUCAGUGAACUAGUCUUAUUUUAUUGGAAGUGGAUCCCUCGUCAACGCAUGUUUUUAUUUACCAUUACAUUAUAGUAUUUUCGACCGAAAUACAAGAUGGUAAGGUUGAUGUUGAAAAUCUUUGCCCAAACCAUUUGACGUGCGGUUUACAUCUAGAAAAUGUUUUGGCGAUUUACUUUUGCCAACGCAUGAUAGUAUUUUUUGAUUUCCCUAUAAUGUUGACUCGUUCUAAAACGACAGAUAAUCAAAAUUUGUAAAAAUUGCUUUAGAAAGUGAUGUGACAGGUAAUACCAUAUCAAAGUGACGAGAGAUCCAAUAUUUAAAGCCACCUCAAUGUGAUUGAAGUUAAAAUCUUUAAGUUUUACUCAAAAGAUCAUAUUUAUAAUGUUCAAAUGUGAUUUUCAGUACACAAUAAUAUGGCUGGAUUUUAGACUUGCUAAAUGCAUGUAACGAAAGUUGUAAAAAUGACUAAAUUCUAUUAUAAGAUGCGUCCAUGAUCGCAAGACUGCUAGUUUUUUUGUGCAAUAUUGUUUUAUUUGCAUAAAAAGUAGAUGAUUUUGAAUCAGUCACUUUUUUGAAUAACCACUCCUCUGCCAGAAAAGUUUAAUUUUUAAAAUACAAUAAGUAUUAGUUCCAUUUAGGCUAGGCGCAGACCACCGAUUUUUUGUCGGGCGAUAGUUUAGUCGGGUAGUUAAUCAGUAUGGGCAUGUAUGGAAGUGCGCAUAUUACACCGAUCCGACCGAAAUCGGGCCCAACUAUCAGCCAACUAAAAGUCGGUGGUCUACGCCUUGGCCUUAGUCAAGUUUUGUAACCUUCAUAAGCCAUUGCCUUUUUAAGUUGGCAAUAAAUAGAUGUUAAGUUGUUCCUGAAUGUAGAUUUAGCUCACUCGUUCUGUACUGCAUUUUCAUCUUAUUAGUAUUACAAUGUUACUAUAAUAAUUAUAACGUUUAUUAGCUAUUUAUUAAUGUUACCUACAUUAUAUUACAAAAAAAUGUAGAUACAUUCUAUCGAUGCUCUUCUAUUUCAAUAAUUUUCGUAUUAUUAUUGGUAAUUAUUGGAAGCUGUGUACUUUUUCUUACGUUUUCGUAUCUUAUAUUAAUUGUAAGCGCGUACAAUGUAUUUGUAAGCUAAAAUGUUAUAGUUGUGGUUAUACUGUAUUAAUGAAAACUUGGUAUUACAUGGUGCAAUAAUGUAAUCGUGAUUUUAGACUUACGAAUAAAAAUGUUGAGUUUGCACACAUGUCAGAAAGUUUUACUGACAUCUUACAAACAAUGAAUUAAUAUUUACGAAGUGUAUAAUUUAAAAGAACAU